AUGAUUGCCUCAAGCUUUACGACCGACCUCUUCCUGGCUCUAAUCGUCUUGGCUUCCACGAUAUUGGCCGUGAUUCUGGUCUACCUUGCCCUCCGAUUUGUCCAUCGGCGAAAGAAGAAGGCUUGUGCACAACAAGACUUUGAGCCGGGACUACUCGACGUUGAGUCCGGCCGCGAGUCUCGGCUGUCGCAUCGGCUUUCCCGACAACAGAUACAGCAAGAACAACGAGAGGAUCUGCUACAGCACUACUCGUCAGUGCCGCGACCGCCGUCUAUCGAGCUUCUUCCUGAGAUCAAGACCAGCUCUAGUGACAGCAGAGCAGUGGAGUGGCUGGAACAGGGUGUUGCCCACGAAGGAGUCGACGUGGUUGACGGAGACCUGGGAGAGAAGAAGCCCGACAUACGACAUGUGGCGGUUGCGAAACCAAAGAAACAACUAAGAUGGGAGUGUAGAGCCGAGAAUAUGGUCCAUCAUGAUACAUCUCCCGGGGUCAUUGAAAAGACUGAGAACGAUGGUGUGAAGUGUGUGGAACAUGGGACUGAAAAGCCGAAUGGUAUUUCUCCCUGA